GCGAGGGCGUUGCACAAGGAGCCAGAGCCUGUGAAGCCCCAGGAUUUCGUAACGAGCGUGUAUCACUUUGAGCGGGACUACAAAGGCUCGCUCGCAAGAUGGUGCGUGUCUUCGACGAUCGGGCACUUUACCGAAACGCGAAUGAGCGGGGGCUUGGCAAGGCAGAGCAACGGCGGAGCCUCACCCGAGAUGUUCACGCGGGAGCUAAUAGACGAUUGUUUCAGGCCAAAGCAGAAGAAGAUGAGGGAACAGUUGCGACAACUGGCGCGCAACAGCGACGUGCUUUUCCUGGCCCUCGAUGCGGACAUGGAGGGCGAGUUCAUCGCUCGCCAGGUCGCUCGCGUGUCUCAGCCUCUGAUGAGGUGUUGGUUCACUGCCCUUGGACAGCGGCAUCUCUUGCCCCUUGGGCUUGCUUAA